AUGAGCAUCGAGACACCAGAGAGCGAAACUGCUUCAUUGGCAUCAGGAUCAGGACCUGCUACUGCAUCUGAAAAUAUCUCCAAAGCCAAAGACAUCAUCGCUCCAAUAAAGACACCAGCAGAAGAAGAAAAAGAGAAAGACACAUCCAAAUCUUCAAUAUACUCCCCAGCAAACCUACUCUCAAGUCUCCUCUCCCCAUUCUCUUUCUCAAGCACGUCUCCAGACUCGACCACCACAACAUCCCCAAACAACGACAAAGAGAAAGAGAAAGAGAAAGCCAAGAGUCCAACUAAAAUAUCAAUCGAAACUCCAACCUCAGACUCAACACAAUCAACCCCAGAGCCAUAUUGCACCCCGGAAGAAACAACCCUCUUCAAAACCCUCUACAAAACCCGUCUAACAAAAACCCGCACAAAACAACUCCUCCGCGCAGGAGAGCGAGAAUAUAAUGACCCACCGCCUCCACCAGCACUGGGUGAUUGCUGCGGGAGAGUUUCGACAGACGAGAAGAAGGGUGAGAAGAAAGAAGAGAAAUUGGCGAGGAAAGAUCUGGAAUGGUGA